AUGGGUUCAGACCCCCGCGUUGCAACAUGCCGCGGCCGGUUGCAGACCAGACGCUGUCAGCUCAACCAAGAGAUAAAUAAGGAGCUUAGACUUAGAGCUGGAGCUGAAAAUUUGUUUAAGGCGACCACAAAUAGAAAACUGCGUGAGACGGUAGCCCUGGAGCUGAGUUUCGUCAAUUCAAACCUCCAACUCCUCAAAGAGCAGCUUGCUGAACUGAACUCAUCAGUGGAAUUGUACCAGAAUGACAGCAAGGAGUGUGUAAUGCCGAUGAUUCCCCUUGGUCUAAAGGAAACCAAGGAAGUUGACUUCCGGGAGCCGUUCAAGGACUUCAUCCUGGAACAUUAUAGCGAGGAUGCCGCCUUGUACGAGGAUCCCAUAUCGGACUUCAUGGAUAUGAGACAGGCCAUCCGAACUCCAGUACGAUCAACAGCUGGCGUGGCUCUCCUCUUUAAAUAUUAUAACCAACUAUACUAUAUCGAGAGGAGAUUCUUUCCACCCGAUAGAUCCCUUGGGGUCUAUUUCGAAUGGUUCGACUCAUUGACAGGAGUUCCUUCGUGUCAGAGGACUGUGGCGUUCGAAAAGGCCUGCGUUUUGUUUAACAUUGCUGGCAUAUACACACAGAUUGGAGCUAGACAGGAACGCAACACAUGCGCGGGUUUAGAUGGCGCAGUGGACGCGUUACUCCGCGCGGCGGGUACGCUUCGAUACAUCCACGAGAACUUCACAAAUGCGCCAUCUGUUGACCUAGCUGCGCACACAUUGCUAGUACUGGGAACGCUUAUGACUGCCCAAGCCCGCGAAUGCCUCUUCGAGAAGCUUCAGCUACAGGCGCGUGAAGCGUGUCGUGGUCGAGAUCGGGAAUUGCGCGACGAUACUGACAUGUGCCUUGAUCUUGCGCAAGAGAGUGCGCAACUCGCGCACACAUAUAAUCAGUUGUAUGAAAAGAUGCAAACUGAAGGUGUGUUCAACUACGUGCCAUACUCGUGGGUGUCCCUCGUUCACGUGAAGACUGAGUUCUACCGCGCUUUGGCACAUCAGUACGCCGCUACCGGACUCCUACAUACCACCAGCGUAAUACAUGCGAGGGAACGACUAGCCGCCAUGUAUGGUCCGCCUGAUUGUAAUCAUAAUGGUUCGAUUUCCCCUACUUUCAAGUACGACGAGGACUUGGACCAUAUGGCCUUAGGCCGUGCGCACUUGGCUGAAGCUCUAGCUUUAUACGAGGAGGCUUUGAGGCUGCAGAGGAUGUGUCGUGAGUUACGUGGUAAAGAGGCAUUGUCUCUGGUAGUUGGGGCCCAUCGUGAGCGAGCGUCGCGGGACAAAGCUCAAUUGGCCGACGAACCAGACUUCGCAGACCUUCUUGAUGUACCCAAUAUACUACCUUCAUCGAAAUUCCAAUUGGCCCUGACGCCCCCGGACUUCGCCCAACACAGAGUAGAGGACCUAUUUAAGACCCUCGGGCCAAUAGCUGUCUUCUCGGCGAAGAGGCAUUGGAGUGCACCAAGACUCGUUCAGUUGCAGAGAGAUGGAGAAAGACGGAGGGAAAGAAGGAGUGAUAGACCAAAGCGAAAACCAAGCGAUAAACGUGACCGUUCAGAAGAUAACAGCACGUACUACGAAAAAUACGACUACGAAGUGACGAAACAAAAUGGCGUCUACAUCAACUAUGAGAGCCCCAAGGAGUAUAAGAGGGACUUAAGAAGAGCCGCCAGUGAAUACGAUAUGAAUGAGGAAGAAGGAUUCGGGUUUACUGUUAGAGGGGGGGCGCCAGUUGUCAUAGCGGCUGUUGAACCUAACUCAUUGGCUGAUAUGGCCGGUAUGAGAGAGGGUGACUUUAUAAUAUCUAUCGGCGAUACUGACGUGAAAUGGUCAAGUCACGAGGCCGUGGUAGCAUUAAUACAACGCGCAGGACGGACGCUAACACUACGACUUGCUACGCCCAUGGAUAGUGGAUCUAAUAAGUCAUCUCCUGAAACAAGUCGCCAAUCUUCAACCCCUGGGUCAGUAUCAGCGGCUUCCACGUCAAGUGGAUCCACUGGUGCCACAGCAAGAUCAUCCGCCCGAAGGAUGCCCUCCUGGAAUCCAUUCCGCAGACAUUCAGCGCGAGAUCACGCACCAGCUCAAACCAACGUCAUAUUCAGAUAG